AGGAGCAAGCCUUGUUGAACUCACAACAGCUACGACUGCUUACUAAUCGCUUUACUUCAGAAAAUAUACUAUUUAUUCUUGGUUCACCUCAGUUGGAGAACUUACUUUUGGAAGAUUAAGUACUUUUCACCUUUUCAUUUCAUGAUAGGACGAAUUUUGAUAUGUGUGUUGUAUAGUUACUAUGGCUUGGGACCUUUUCGUGUUCAACCAAAGAAAUCUGUUUAAGUAAGACAGGACUAUUGAACAUUUACCUCCCUAAAUGAGCUUAAGGACUCCUUCAGUAUCAGCGAGACUAGCCGUGAGUAGAUGGGUUUGCGUUUAAGAGUCUACUAAGAAAAAAACUUUCGUCGAACUUUCAUUGAUAACAAGUCAUUGUAAAGAUACAUGUUUUGGCCAGUGUUGACUUGCUGAGGUGCUGGACCAGGUUGCACACAAAGUGGUGUCAAUUAAACCUCUCGAACUGGUAAUCAUAUCGUGAAAGUAGUGAGGUAGGACGUUCACUCCUGGUAUGUCUCUAUCUGAAAUAUGGUUGAACACUCGUGUUGUAUUCAGGAAGUGUCGCUGACGAAUGCAACACCGAAAAAACCUGUCAACCUUGCUCAUGUGUUAGUGAACUCCCAAAGUCAAACCAGAAAACACUCCAACUUGUGUCCUGUCUAAAGAGCAUUCGUCAGUAUCGAUUUUAGAUAUACGUGUAGACCAUGCGGAUAUAAACAUUUAUUUGGAUUACAUUAUGAUUAUAUUUGAUCUGGGACUUUCACCAAAGUUCAAUCGAAUGAUUCGUUGAGAUAUCGUCUGAAUGUACAGAAACGUGUAGCUAUUGAUUUUGAUGAUUCUCGUCACUAUCACGAUUCAUGUCAAUUAGCGACUCAGCAAAGUUGAUGCUACAGGCUCUGUGAUGCGACUCCGCAGCCAAAACUCUUAAUAACUGACAAGGAUUAUACUAGGAUUAACAAGGAUGCAGAAUUAUUCGAGGAUUACACUUUUUCUGUUUGUUCAGAUCUCAGCGAUCCUGACGGCCACAGGAGGUACUCAAAUGAAUUGCCGAAUCAGAGGCGGCAUCCGGCCGCCUGACGCAAUCUAUAACGCCUUCACAUGCACAAGCUGCUGGGCAUACAUUUUUCAGACUUCAAAACAACUUUACCAAAAUAGUGUUCAACUUGUGGCCAGAAAUGGCUCAACUCUCUUCCCAUCAACCACAACAAUUCUGCCAGAUAUCAAGAACAAUACCCAAAAGGAAUAUAUAUGCCGGGCACUCAGUGAAGAUGAGUGUUCUCGCUGGUCCAAGUGUUGCUGGGACGCCAUUGACUGUUGCCAGUGGCAGAAGGAAAAUGAAGUAGAAAUGACCACCAAUACCGGAAAGGAAUGCCCGGCAACGUGGGAUGGCUUUGCAUGCUGGGAACAUGCCGCUGCUGGAUCUACAACUUACAAGGAUUGCCCAUCAUUUCUGCCGUUUGUGACACCCGGUGUUAAGGGACAGAAGAUAUGUACAGAGAAUGCGACAUGGUGGCGGCAUGAAGACAACGACAAGGAGUUCACAGACUAUGGCAACUGCCUGGAUUUGGAUAUGCAGUUAAAAGCAGUCAUCAUCAGCAUCGCGUGUUACCUGAUCAGUGUUGUCGCCCUUAUCCCCGCCAUUGUUAUAUUCAUUUACUACAAAACAUUACUCCUGCAGCAUCGAAUCCGCCUUCAUCUGAACCUCUUCCUUUCAUUCUUACUAAAUUCGAUCUGCCUGGUGAUAUGGAACUUCGUGAUUGUGUAUGACAAACUAACUGUACCACUCACAGAAUCCGUCUUAUAUGGAAACUCGGCUGGUUGUAAACUUUUGUCAACUUUAACUCGAUAUUUCGAGGACACAUGUUUCGUGUGGAUGUUCUGUGAAGGGUUCUUUCUCCAUCAGCUGUUGAAUAACACAUUCAGACCACAGCAGUCUAUCCUCGGGUAUUACGUGUUUGGCUGGGCAUUUGCCCUGUUACCAACCAUAGUAUACGCUAUCAUCAGAGGGGUUUUAUUCAAUGGAGAUUGUUGGAUGAAGAAUAUAGGAAACUAUGAAUGGAUCCAUUAUGUUCCAAAUCUCGCCGCUAUAGUAUUGAAUUUGAUUUUCCUCAUCAACAUCCUGCGGAUCCUCCUCACGCAGUUACAGUCACAUCCAAACGAACCUAGUAACUAUAGCGAGGCCGAAACUACCUCUGGAAACAAAGUUUCUCCGGAAUCAAAUGGGCCUCGCAACAAACCUAGAUCAAGAAGUGUUGCAAAUGUGCUGUUGAUACCAAGGCGUGCACUGAAAGCGACAUUUAUCCUCGUCCCCUUGUUCGGUCUCCAGUGGCUGCUGACCAUCUACCGGCCCUCACCAGACACACGGGCCUACAUCGUCAUAGACAUUGCCCACAGGGUCCUUUCUGGCUUACAGGGUCUUUUUGUGGCCCUUAUUUUCUGUUAUUUUAACGGAGAGGUCGUUCAACAACUAAAGAGAACAUGCCCCUGUCUUACCCGACUGACUUCCGGUGAACGACAUGCAUCCAUGAGCACACAGUACACAUACGACGGAACCUCCAAGUCGGAGGCGGCAACCACGACGCAUCACGUGACCUCUACCGCACGCCAUGAUGUUGUCGCACCUGCGUCGCCAGGCAACGGCGCGGUGCAGCCCGAUGGGGAGGGGAACUACAUUCAGUUGGCGCAGAUGGAGAACGGGAAGAAGAUGUGACCUCUGGCAACUGUAGAGGUUUCUGAGCAGGAGGGGAAACGGUGCUCUUAUGGGGCGAUGGAAAGGGAGGAGGGGCCGCUGAUAGACGAUUGAGAUUAUUUUAAGACGUGGUGCAGACGAAUAGAUAUAUCCCGUGUAUGACCUAGUCAUGUUGGUCGUGACCAUUGACCAAAGGCCAUCGGUUGAGCCCUAACAAAAUGGCACGCUGCAUUUCAACGCAGUGAUUUACGUUGUCGGUGGCGGACAUACAGCUUGAAAUUCCAGGUCAUCUUUGGGCCAUGGCUGGAGAAGAAUUCAGCCAGACAUAACAUUGUAUAGCCUUCUUUGAGGCCGUCAUCUCAAUGGAUAAUCAGAAAGAAGUAGCGUGAUGGUCAUACCGUGAUCGGAUAUUUGUACCCAAUUGCCGGACCUUCACAUCAAUAUGUUUUGUACGUAGUUUCGUGAUACGAUCUGCAAUGGGGGAGUGGCGGAAAUUUACUUUGAUAUACUUGUAUUUUUAUCAGCUUUAUGCUGCAUAUCAUGUUGACGUUGUCAGUCGUGUACUCAUCCCGCCCUACAGUGAAAUUUUUAAAACAACGUUUCCGACUCGUGGGGGUUGGAAUUAUUGUUCAAUGUCUUUGUGCAGAACUUUCUUCAAAGACAGCAAAUCCGGUCGAAGAACUCUUCCAUUGGUUGGUAUCACGCCUAUGCCGUACAAGAAACCGAUAGAAUAAUGUCCUUACCCUAUAUUACGCAAUCACAUGUUCAUUUCAUGUCGUGGUGUAAUGAUACCUUCCAAAUUUGCCCAUUCAAUGCAUUAAUCAAGGAAACAUGUCAUAUGAAGACGAAAACUUCGGUACGAUUGACAGUCCCAGUUGGGUCAGAUACAAUCAAUUCUAGUCACGGGCAGUUAGCAAAUCGCGUCACCGCCAUAGGCCUUCCUCUUUUGAACUUGUUACUCCACUGUUCCCAUAGCACGUCCCCUCGUACAACCAAUGGGGACGUCCAAUAAGCCAACCAAAGGUUCAUUUUGUGUGUGGUGCGUCACCAGGUCACAAGCGAACGUGGAACAUUUCAACCACGCUACAAGCGAACAGUCUCUGAAUACCCAGCCUAAUGGUGGCGUUGUCGUGAUGCCUGCAUGUCACAUAUUAGAAGAAAAACUUGCAUCGCAAGGUUCUCUUCUGAAGUCACAUAUUGCUUGAGACACAUCAUCUAUAUCAAUUCCCUGUACAUAUAUAUGUAUAAAGUAAUCAAAAUAUCUACAUUUUAUUUAUGUUCUAUUCAUUCUGUAAUCCAUUGUAAAAUUAUCAAUUAUUUUUCUGAAUAAAA